AUGAAGACAGGCUCUCAAAUCCGCCUGUUACUGUGGAAAAACUGGACCCUCCGCAAGAGGCAGAAGGGCCGCUUCAUAGUUGAGAUCUGCUGGCCUGUGUUGUUAUUUGUUGGUCUGGUGUGGCUGAGGAAGGCCAAUCCACUGUACCAGAAACAUGAAUGUCAUUUCCCAAACAAGGCCAUGCCGUCAGCAGGGAUUCUGCCCUGGAUCCAGGGAAUCUUCUGCAACGUCAACAACCCCUGCUUCAGAUACCCCACCAGAGGAGAGUCUCCGGGUGUUGUCUCCAACUACAACAACUCAGUAUUGGCACGGUUCUAUGUUGAUGCCCAGGAGCUCCUGCUGGAGGAGAGGGAGGUCCAGGGGAUCGGCCGUCUUUGGCAUGAAAUGUCGUCCUUCUCAAACAUCAUGGAAACGUUACGCAACGACCCAUCUGUGGUGUUAGGUCGUGGGCUGAAGCUUGAUGAUAUUCUGAAGGAUGAUGAGAAUUUCACGGCCUUCCUCUUGCAAAACGUCGGCCUCUCAGAGUCUAUUGUCCACCAGUUCGUCAAUGCAGAAAUACGACUGGAACAGUUUGCGUUUGGUAUCCCGGACCUGCAGCUGAAAGACAUCGCCUGCAGCCAGGCUCUGCUCGACCACUUCAUCAUCUUCCCGAGUCGCAUGGGGCUCCACGGGGUCCGCAACGCCAUGUGUGCCCUCAGCCAGACGAGGCUGCAGAGGGUAGAGGACGAACUGUAUGACAAUCUGGACUUCUUCAAAAUCUUCAAACUGAUGCCUAAGGUUGUGGACAGCAGCUCGGAGGGGAUUGACCUAAACAACUGGGGUCGGGUUCUUAAGACGACCUCGGAGAACAUCCAAGUUCUGAUGAAGCGGGAGAGCUCUCAGGAUCUCCUGAAGGUGGUUUCCGCUCUGUUUCAAGCCGAGGGUUCCCCCACAUUCAGCCAGAUGAUGUCCAGUGUGUCGCAGCUCUUCUGUGGAUACCCAGAGGGAGGGGGCUCUAAGGUCCUGUCCUUCAACUGGUAUGAGGACAACAACUACAAAAUGUUUCUGGGGGUCAAUGCCACCAAGAAGCGCAACUAUUUCUAUGACGACUCUGCCAGUCCCUCCUGCAACGCCCUGAUGGAAACCCUGGAGUCCAACCCUGUCACAAAAAUUGUGUGGAAUUCAGUCAAGCCCCUGCUGAUGGGAAAGAUCCUGUACACCCCCGACUCCCCUGCCGUCCACAAGAUAUUAAAGAGUGUAAGAGAGAAAACCCCCUCUAAGUCUCUCUACUCUCUAAAUGGGCUUGGUUCUUGCAUAUCACAAGCAGUAACUAUUCUUCUGUCUCAAUCGCUGCAGGACACGCUGGGAAACCCGACAGUGAUGAACUUCGUGGACAGCAGUCUGCAGGACACUGAAUUUACCACCAGACACAUUCUUAACUUCCUGUAUAACGGUCCUGAGGAAAAAAGGGAGGAGGACAUGCCCAGCUUUAACUGGAGUGACAUUUUUAACAUCACCGACCAGAUCAUAGGCAUGUUCAACAAGUAUGGAGAGUGCAUCGAUCUGGAUAAGUUUGUUGCUUACACGGAUGAGUCCCAGAUGACCCAUCAGGCCUUGUACCUGCUGGACGAGAGCAAGUUCUGGGCCGGUGUGGUCUUCACUGACAUGUUUCCCUGGACCAAUAGUGUACCGCCGCACGUCAAGUACAAGAUCCGCAUGGACAUUGACGCGGUGGAGCGGACCAACAAGAUCAAAGACAGGUACUGGGACCCCGGCCCCAGAGCAGACACCAUGGAGGACCAGAGGUACAUCUGGGGAGGAUUUGCUUACCUGCAGGACAUGAUUGAACAUGGCAUCCUCAAGCUUCACACUGGCAAAGACUGGCCACUCGGGGUGUACGUCCAGCAGAUGCCAUAUCCCUGCUAUGUAGAUGACCUCUUCAUGAUCACGCUGAACCGCUGCUUCCCCAUGUUCAUGGUGCUGGCCUGGAUCUACUCUGUGUCCAUGACUGUGAAGAGCAUCGUGCUGGAGAAGGAGCUGCGUCUCAAGGAGACUCUCAAAACCAUGGGGGUCGACAACGGAGUCAUUUGGUGCACGUGUUUCAUCGACAGCUUCAUCAUGAUGACUACAAGCACCGCGCUGCUCACCAUCAUUAUCAUGGGUGGAAAGGUGUUGAAUUACAGCAACCCCCUUCUCGUCUUCUUCUUCCUGCUGACUUUCACCGUCACCACCAUCAUGCAGUGUUUCCUGAUGAGUGUGUUCUUCAACAAGGCUAACCUGGCAGCGGCCUGCAGCGGCAUCAUUUACUUCACCCUCUAUCUGCCUCAUGUCCUCUGCUUUGCCUGGCAGGACCGCAUCACCAAGAACAUGAAAAUGGCUGCUAGCUUGCUGUCUCCGGUGGCCUUUGGCUUCGGCACAGAGUACCUCUCACGGUAUGAGGAGCAGGGUUUGGGUCUUCAGUGGGACAACAUCAUGACCAGCCCUUUAGAGAAAGACAACUACUCCUUCCUCACCUCCAUCCUCAUGAUGGUGUUUGAUGCUGUCCUUUACGGCGUCCUGGCCUGGUAUUUGGAUAAUGUCUUCCCAGGACAGUAUGGCAUCGGUCGACCUUUCUACUUCCCAUUCCAGUCUUCAUACUGGCGACUAUCUGCAACCUCGAACACAGAAAGGGCCUAUCAAGAUUCUGUGAUAAUGGAGCCGGACAUGGUGGUGGAGCAGGACGUUGAGAGCAGGGCCUCACCCGUCACACACACCUGUAACGGCUCAGCGAGGAGGAAAGGCUGCAAGCACCAAAGUAAGAGGGAACAGCAGGAGAGAGAGAGGGAGCUGCUGAAACGACAGGAAGAAACCCAAAACCACGUGGAGGAGGGUCACGACACAGAAGGUCAGAUGUUCUUUGAGGCCGAUCCAUUGGGCCUGAAGAGAGGAGUUCAGAUCGAGGACCUGGUGAUGCAGUUUUCUGGAAGUUCUUGUCCGGCUGUAAACCAUCUCAGCAUCAAUUUCUACGAAGGCCAGAUCACAUCCUUCUUGGGGCACAACGGGGCUGGGAAAACCACCACUAUGUCCAUCCUGACUGGCCUGUUCCCCCCCACAUCUGGCACAGCCUACGUUAAUGGAAGCGACAUCCGCACUGACAUGGACACCAUCCGCUCCUCCAUGGGGAUGUGCCCUCAAUACAACAUCCUCUUCAAAUAUCUCACGGUGGCUGAGCACAUCCUGUUCUACUCGCUGCUGAAGGGCCGCUCCCAGGUGGAGGCGGAGCAGGAGGUGGAGGAGAUGCUUCUGGACCUCGGGCUGCCGCACAAGAGAGACGACGAGGCUCAGAACCUCUCAGGCGGUAUGCAGAGGAAACUGUCAGUCGCCAUGGCCUUCGCUGGAGGGUCCAAAGUGGUGAUCCUGGACGAACCCACCUCAGGAGUGGACCCCUAUUCCAGGAGAUCUAUUUGGGACCUCCUACUGAAAUAUAGAGCUGGCCGGACGGUGAUCCUGUCGACUCAUCACAUGGACGAGGCCGACCUGCUGAGCGACCGCAUCGCCAUCAUCUCCAAAGGGCGGCUCCACUGCAGCGGAUCCCCCCUGUUCCUCAAGAACUGCUUUGGAGUUGGUUUCUAUUUGACACUUGUGCGACGCAUGAAGGAUCUCAAGAAGAGGGAGAAUGAAUGUGACUGUGCCUCAGACUGCUCCUGCUCCUGCUCCAUCUGUGCCAGCUACAAAGAUCUCUCUCAGAACCAUUCCCAUCAUAUAGACCGAGCCCUGGAAGGGGAUAUCAGCAGCAUCACCAGCCUCAUCCACCACCACGUCCCUGAAGCCAAACUCAUCGAGACGAUCGGCCAGGAGCUGACCUACCUGCUGCCCAGUAAAGGCUUCAAACACCGAGCGUACGCCAGUCUGUUCAGAGAGCUGGAGGAGACUCUGGGUGACAUGGGCCUCAGCAGCUUUGGCAUCUCUGACACGUCUCUAGAGGAGAUCUUCAUAAAGGUCACUGCUGAUGGAGAGGCAGCGAAUAAUGGCACCACUCCUGAACAGUGGAUGUUACAGCGGAGAACAAACGAAGUUGGUGUAGAUGGUGAUAAAGAACAAAAUGGUGGGGUGCACAGUAACGGCAUUACCCAUGGUGCAUCAGACAGCAGUGCAGGAAAGGGCUCCAUGCAGGUGAAAGGGUCCUGUCUGGUGUUGAAGCAGUUCCACGCGCUGCUGGUGAAGAGGUUUCAUCACGCCAUCAGAAGCAGUAAAGACUUCCUGGCACAGAUCGUCCUUCCUGCCAGUUUUGUCCUGAUCGCUCUGAUCUCCACCAUGGUCGUCCCUCCGUUCGGAGAGCACCCCAGCCUGACUCUGACCCCCUGGAUGUACGGACAGCAGUUCACCUUCUUCAGUAACGAGCAGCCCUUUGACCCCAUAAUGAAACGCUUCACUGAGCGCUUACUGGACAGACCGGGCCUGGGGACACGCUGCAUGGCAGGAGACCCAUUAAAAAUGUCCUGUAUGAACAGCACAUCAGAGUGGGAGUAUCCUGACGCCUCUCCUGCGGUCAGCGAAAUCUUAAAGAGUCCAGAGUGGAACCAGAGAGACCCGUCUCCGUCCUGCGAGUGCAGCUCCAGUAAGAAGCUCACCAUGAUGCCCAUCUGCCCCCCAGGAGCCGGAGGUCUGCCCCCCCGGCAGCGCCUCGAGGUCACAGGGGACACCAUGCUGGACAUGACGGACAAGAACAUCUCUGACUACCUGGUCAAAACCUACCCCACUCUCAUCAGGGCCAGUUUGAAGAGCAAAUACUGGGUGAAUGAACAAAGGUAUGGAGGUCUGUCAGUCGGAGGACAGCUUCCCAUCCUCAACGUCAACCCCAAAGACAUCCAGCAUUUCUUCCAUCAACUGGGGCGAAUGCUCAACAUCACAGCGGGCCCCUAUUCUCGACGUGCACUCAGGGAGAUUGGUCCUUUCUUGCAUUACAUGGAAAGUGAAUUCAAUGUUAAGAACUGUAUUCUUUACCCGCACACUCUAUAG